AUGUCAAAAAGAAAGAGACUCGAGGAGCCCGGUGAUGCAGGCUCAAAACAGUCAAAAGCAGCACGAUUCAACAUCCACACAUUAAAGCGGCUGCAAAAAGCGGUGGCAGCGGACCCGGAAAUUGUCCUGACAUCAGACUUCCCAAAGGAUUACUCUAAGCGUCUUUCUGAAAUGCGGAUUCCGUUACCCUCUCCAACACGUUCAGUCACUGAAGAAGAUAUCCGCGUAUUUCUAAUGCCUUCCGAACCCACUGCCAUUGUAUCUCCCUUGGCUGACUCAGUCCGAAGUCUGCUGGCGGAUGCAGAAAUGUCCGAGGCGCUUGUAGGGCUUAUGCGGCGCUGCGAAAUUCUUUGGAAAAGCCCAUUUCCUCGAAAGAAAAUGGUUUUCAAAUGCGAUGGAAAUAUUGUCAUCAAAGCAAUAAAGAACGCGCUGGACUACACUGAAUACACUACACUACAGUACCUGGAAGUGCACAAGCCGACUGUGCCUGCCCCCAGGCCAUCUGGAUUACUGCGAAUGAACGAUGUCUCUUUAAUUUUUAUGACUUACACGUCCACGGCAACACUGGCAGACAUAUGGGCCGGGCUGGAUAUAUCACAGAAAAAGUCCAUCCAAGAUCAGCUCAACCAAAACCUGGCUGACCUAAGGUCUCUUUCACACCCUACUGGGACGCCUCUUGGAGGAGUUUGUGGUGAAGGCUGUAAAGAUGUUAGGAGACAUCUCCGUCGCAGUACUGAACCUAUUCUGACUGUCAAAGAUUUCAAGGAUUUUCUGUUCCCCUCUUUGGGCGCUUCUAUUUUCGCAGAAUUUAUCAGCCGGCUUCAACAAUGUGUCCCGCCCGAGCAAUUAGAAAUUAGAUGUGUCUUUACACAUGGUGAUCUACGACCAGAUAAUAUCACUGUGGAACCAAGUGGUGACCACCAAUUCCGAAUUACUGGCCUUCUAGAUUGGGAAUAUAGUGGGUUCUAUCCUGAGUAUCACGAGUUGAUCAAGAGCACAAACGGUCUCAGUCCUUCUUCGGACGAUGACUGGUACUUGUUCCUACCCAAGUGUAUUUCACUAGAAAGCUAUGGCAUGUGGUGGCUACUCAACUAUGCCCAGGGGGCCUUCAUGGAGUGA